AUGUACAAAACCACUAAAAUAUUUCCUACAAAAACCCCCUCAAUUUCCUGUUUUCCCCCUUUUCCCCUUUCCCCUUAUCUCUCUAUCCUCACUAACAUGCUUUCAAACUACACCGCUGCCAAGCGUAAACUGAAACCAACGCCUAAUGUCACUGCCUUUUCACAAUUCAAGAACUUGGCUGAAGCGAAUCACUCUGAUGCUUCAAGAAUUGUCGAGAGGUCCAAUCCCGGCCAGUGUUUAAACUUAACUACUCCUGUUCCCCUUCCGCCGCAUGUUAUGAACGUUAUCAAAGAAAGUACCCCUACUAAACUGAACUUCACCACAGUUGAAUCCACCAUAAACAAUUCCGAAAUUGAAAACAUUGCAUCAACCACCACUGAGAAAGCAGAAUAUUCAAGAAAGGAAACCACCACCAAAAAAGCAGCUGCAGAUGAUAAUUCAAUUACUGGAACCACCACAGAAUCUAAACAGUUGCAAGUGAAGCGUGUCAAAGAUUGGCGUAUACGCAACAGACAGAUCCGCAUGCAAGCAUUGGUCAGAGCAGAUCUGAAUCCUGGAAACAAACUUUGUUAACUAGAGGAAGAAGAUCGCAAUCUGACAGAGUUGAAUAUUGGAAAUGUCCACUUGUCCUCCAAACUGCUGGAUCUGGGUAAAACAAUCGUUGAUGGAACUGGAUUGUACAGUAGAGUUCCAGAAUCGAAUGCUGAUGUUGUUAAUGAAAUUGGUAAUGCUGCUGACAUUGCAUCACCUGGAAAAAAUUUGGACACCAACAAAAAAUCUGUGCUUGAUAAUGAUGAAAGUACUGGUAAUAGUGCACAUACCACGGAUACUUUAAAUGAUGCUGAUGGAGAAGGUGUCCCCGGUUCUAAUGGUGCGAUUGUUGGAGAUGCUACUGAAAAUCUGGAAAUCACCAAUGAAAAUUCCGUUGAGAGAAUAGUUACCAAUGUCAAUCCCCCUGUAACUACUGAAGAAGGAUCUCCCUUGAAGGAUGCAGUGAAACCCAAGUGGAAAAGAAUUUUGGGCAACACAUUCAGGAAGAGUCCGGGAAAGGGCAAUAGAUCACAGCUUGAAGGUUCUCAACAACUUUGUACUACAGUUGCAGUUGAAGCAAUCAAUGAUAAAGUGCAGUCGAAUGGCCAUAUGAAGAGUACUACAGCUCGAAAAUGGUCAAAAUUUGGAAAUGCAUUGAGAAGCCCAUUUUUGAAGAAAGCAGUCAUUAAGGACUCCAAAGAUUUGACUGAACAUGGAAAUACCCAGGUGACUUCCACACUGCAAGUGAACAAAAAGUUUAAAAAUUUGUUCAAAAGAAAAGUGAAGGCAUCCAAAUCUGCUCCCCAUGACGAUGCUUCAAGUUAUGCUGAAGUUGACCUCAUACAAACCAAGUAA